UUCUAGAGAUUGCUGCAGAACGUAGAACAAGAUGCAACAUAAAAACUAGAUGUCUAGUGAACAGCUAAGAGUAGAUUUAUGUGGUGUGUAACUCUGUACUUAUAAGCAAACCAUCCUGGCCGCAGACUGGGCCCACGGAGCCACCAUAGUCUAAAUUCUCGCGAUGCCAGACGGGACCUGAGGCCUGCCGGGAGCCUGAAGGAUCCUCAGACUCGGUUAUAAAAUAUUUAACGGAGAAAGAAAGGAUCCACAGGAGCCCGGGCCGAGAUGAGUUUAGAGUCCUUGUUUCAGCACAUCAUCUUCGCAGAGCACCAGGCUGAGGAGAGUCGGCGGGUGAUGCGCGAAGUAAGGUCAGAAAUAACCAGAUGUCGCGAAAAAAUUAAGAAAGCAACGGAGAAGCUGAACGAAGAGAAAAUCAAAUUGGAAUCUAAGGUUCAGCAGUAUUCUGAAAAAUCCUCCCUCUUACAGCUUUCAAAAGUUUAUGAAAAUGCCUUAGAAAGACAAUGCAGUGAAGUUACAAACCAAAGAAAUAUGUUUCUCCAAACCUUUGCAGCUAUGAAGAAAAAAGUGAUAGAAGAGGAAGAAAAAUUUAUUAAGGAAAUUACAGACUUUAAUAAUGAGUAUGAAAUAGCAAAGAAAAGAGAGCUUUUGAUGAAAGAAAAUGUCAAGAUUGAAAUAUCUGACUUAGAAAACCAGGCAAACAUUUUAAAAAGAGAAAUAAAGUCAAUGGAAGAGGACAGCGGUCAAUUAAAUGAACUUCAAAAACAAAAGAGUGAAUUGACAGAAGAAUUACUUACUCUCCAAAGAAAACUUAAAGUUCUUAAGGAUGAAGAAAAAGAAGCAGUUUGUACUACCAAAUACCUAGAGUCAGAAAAAAUAAAAAUCAGUGAAAAACCUCAAAAUGAUGCUGAAUGCUUAAGACUUAAAAAGGAAUUAGAACUUUAUAAAGAAGAUGACUUGAAAAGUGUUUAUGAAACUCUCCAAACAGAAAUAGAAUUUUUGGAGAUGACGUUGGCACAGAAAGAUCUUCAGAAAAUCAACUUUUCAAAAAUUAAUGAUCCACCUGAGACUUGAUCAAAGCAUCUUAGAGUCAAAUUGUGAUGGGCAUAUGAAUGGUACCCAGUGCAACAGAUUCUUGUGGAAAACAUGAGGUUCAGAAUAUUCAGAGUUGUUGAUAUCUACAAUUAGUUUAUUGACACAUGAUAAUAAUUUGUUGUCUUGCUGCUCACUAUAAUUUAAAGGUUUUGUCAGGUAUAAUUUUUUUUUCCUAAAUGGAGAGAAAGGAGAAGUAGAUAUUGUUUUCCCAGGCGUAUAUUCCCUUGACUCUUCAGCUGACCUAUUCUUCCUUAUCUGCUUUUCAUAGCUUAUUGUAGCUUACCUCAGGCUUAGUCAAACACACUUAGGAAGAAAUGCUCAGAUUAUUGAUUCAUUUAUUUGUUACUAUUUUCACCUGUGAAUGUGCUUACUUCAUUUUAAUCCUUCUCUAGUCAUAAGAUACUUGUUAACAGAGGUCCUCUAAGGCCUUUCAUCUGUGAAAGCCAGUUUUCUUCAUUUUCUCUGUGUGUCUUUGGACUUAAAUUCUAGGGCAUCUGCAGCUGUUUUCUAGCAACUUGUUCUUGACAGUUUUCUUCCUAAUGCUUGUAUUGGUCAGAGUGAAAACAAAUUAUCUACAAGGGGAGGUACUAUUCUUAUGGGCAUCAGGGUUCAUUUUUGCAAGUGGCAUGAAAAAUUGCACUUGAAAAUUGUACGGGUGGUUAGAUCAAACAGUAUUGCCACCAGAUUUUUAACAUCACUUCUUUUUCCACCUGUUAGUACUCCUCAUGAGGUAGAAAGGUAUAUUUUCACUAGCGCCUAAUUGUACUAAACCUGUUCAAUAAGACCCUCUGUUAGGUUAGGUAAAGGAAGGGAACAACACCUAUGUAUUUUAAAAUAUCAGGUGUUGAUGUUAGAACCCUGAUUUUGUGGCUGGGAUUUCAUGAGUUAAAUGUCACAUAUGAAGUGUUCACAGCUGUCUUAGAUCCACUGAUGUUAAGGUAGAACUUUUAGUUCUGGUUUCAGAGCGUCUACUUUUGCCACAGCUUGUUAUGAAUAUGUUGUUUUACAUCCUUAUUUUUGAAAAACUAAGCAAACUUAAAACUCUCCUUUGGGAUGUGUAGCAAUUGCCAUCUGUUGAAGAAAUUUGUAUUUUCAAAAUGAGUCUUAUUUUUAUUUCUUAAGUACUUAAAUGAAUAAUAAAUUAUUUUUGCCUAAGAAGAAAAAAAUAAUUCUUGCAGUGAAUUUUCUACACAAAUAUAGGGUGGAAAAUGGUUGUUGAGAUUGUUCUUUAGUUCUCCCUUAUUUGAGUCUAUUUGUCUACCCACAUUCUAUGUCAUCUGAAUACUUAUUAUUGUAUGUAUCUCAUUAACAUGCAGAAUAAAUUUGCACAUA